AUGCGGAGGCUCACCAAACCUAAUUUUGAAACACCAUUUACGUUUACUAAACUUCGGUUUCCAACUUGGGCAAUGAGUGGGUUCGAACGCAUCCUUGCGCGCGUAAGUGGCGACGCCUUAAGCUCGUACUGCUCAUCAGCUAUUGAAGACGAGCUUCGAAACCUACAAACGCGCAUGAAAGCGUGCUUAGAGAGUGUGGAGCAAGCCCAAAAGGUUCAAGAAGCUGUGGCCAAGCUGGAUGUACCCUUAAGCCGUGAGAAUGCGGCCACAUGCGUCGAGAUCAAGCGAAAAUACUCAAAAUUUAGCGCCAAUCUGAAACAUUUCAUUGAUGAACAGCGUAAGCUUCAAGCUGAGGCUCCAGAGGCGAGUGCUGAUGCCGAACAAAAGCAGAGCGAGCUGCAAAGGCGCGAGCGAGUCUUAAAGCUACUUGGAAAGAUUCAGCACCGCAUCACACGCAAGCGCAACGAUACAUGGAUUGAAAAAAACUUUGCAGACGUAGAUAUUAUUGCCAGUAUAAUCAAAAAUGACACGUUCACGGGUCUUGACAAGGCACUGCGAAAUGAAUUGGUGUUGGUAUUAGAUCACUUGAUCUCUGCCGUGCUGCUCAGUCCCCUGACGAGUCAGACAACGCUGGAAGAGAUGGGCAAUGUACUGAACAAGAUGGCAAAAGUGCAUGAUGAUAUCGAUGAGUAUAUUAGAUCAUCGAGUGAAUUACUGGAAAGGAAACGAGAAGCGUAUGCUCCUCAGACUGUAGUUUCGAGUACCAAUCCUGACGCAGAAGAAGAGCCGAAAGUGAAAAAACAGCGGGUAGAGUCGACCCCAACAUCAGACAUUUUGGUGAAGUUGGAGCAUACAGCUGCUGCCGGCGACAAUGGUCCGUACGAGGUCUUUGUGUCUGAACUGCCGUGGGGCACUACAAAUGAAGCAGAUGUUUCGUCAUACUUUGGAAUUGCUGGCGCGGUCUUGUCGGUCCAGAUGCCCACAAUGACAGACGGUAGUACAGUAGGAGUCGCUGUUGUUCGCUUUGCUGCGUUGGAGGGUAUGACUCUCGCAUUGCGGAUGGAUGGCUAUCCGUUUAAUGGCAAAUAUAUUCGCGUGGCUGUACACAAGGCGAAGUGA